AUGACAGUUUCGGAAGGAAGCGAGACGGAGGAAGCAGUGAAUUCUGGGCGUACUACUUCUGUAGAGGAAAGACAGAGUAGAUCAUGUUCACGUACUGAGAACGCGACUGCAUUUGUUACAUCAGAAGGGUUUUUAGACCUAUCAAACAUUGGUCUAACCGCUUUGUCGUCUGAUUUUCAACAUGAAUAUUCUAUUACCAAAGAGUUAGACGUUUCGAAAAAUAAUCUGAAGGCUUGUAAUCUUUCAUUGUUCAAUAUUUGUCGGAAGAUCAACAUAUCAGAGAAUAGUUUUACUUCUUUGUCUUCUUUGCUUCCUUCAUCCCGUAAGCUUGAUACGAUUAUUGCAUGUGAUAAUGAAAUCAGAAUUACUAGCAAAAUACAGGAUUUCAUAGCGUUAAGCUCUCUUCGCUUGUGUAAAAACUCCAUCAAGAACUUUCCGUGUUCAAAACUCAACAAUUUACGUUUCCUCGAUUUAUCUGAUAACAUGAUUUCUGAAUUCCCUGAUCUUACACACAUGCCCAACUUAGAAACUCUGCUUCUAGCUAAUAACAGAAUUAAAUCUUUAAAACAUACUACUCAAUGUAAAUCUAAUCUUAAAGUUCUUGAUAUCUCAGCCAAUCCCAUUAUGAACCUCUGUGAAGUUUAUCACUUGGAGAAGAUGAAAGAUAUCACGAACUUCUCACUAAAAGAUACACCAUGUCUCUCUGUUUUCGAAGAGUAUCAUUACAAAUCAUUUUUGGUUGUUCUAUUUCCAUGCAUUCUCUUCAUUAACAACAUGGACGUGUUAGAGAUUGAAUCAUUUAAUGCUGAGUUCUUGACAUUGCGUGGGAAUUUAACAGGCUUACACAGCAAGUUCUCCUCGUCAUUAGGAGACAACGAAACACUAGCAGCUUACCUCAAGGAACAUUCUGUUCAAAUGGAUAAUAGUGGACGGAUGCCCAAAGAUGACAAAUUGUACAAGGAUGCUAUUGAGCUUAUGACUACAGAUGAUGAUUUAUCGGUUCACUCUCCUUUUGGUAACUAUAUAGCUCAGCUCGGGAAAGAAAACCACUGUCCUCGGACAUUGGAAACGAAAAGCAAAGUUAUGAACAUUUCUCUCAAUAGUGCACAUGGCUCAAGACAUACUGAUUUUCACGAUUCUAAUUCUUCUAUUUCUUUAAACACUCCUGUUUUGUCGAGUGAUUCGCAUAGAUCGCAAUUAGACAUAUGUCAUGAAUAUCGGAGUUCUGAAGAAACUAGUCUAGGGACUUUGACACCAACUCUGAAAACGCUUUCUCCUGAAAUCCAACAACAAAAAGCGAAAGUCCUUGAUUCUACGUUCACGAAAGAAGACAAGGAAGAGAUUCAUCAGAUGAAAGCUGUCAUUGAUGAUCUGUACAAGAGUAAUGUGAAGCUUUAUAUGGUGCAAGACAUCAUAAGCGAGACCAUGCGACAAAUGGAUGACAUAAAUAAAGAAAGAAUGAACGAGCUGCACAGAAAGAAUGGCAUUUUGGAAGAGCGGUGCAGAAAUUUGGAAGAGAAACUUGCUUCAUUGGAAUUAAAAGCCAAGGGUCCUAUACCAAUCAUUCAACGAGCAUCGAGACAAUGUAAUGACGAGGAAAUUGGUUUGAACUGGCAUGCAUCAUUCGUAAAAGGCUACAAUUUGAUAAUGGAUGGAAGUGUGAUAGGAACAGUGAAAGGAACAAGUGCUAAAGUCACUGACGUUGGAACUGGUGAUCAUCAUCUCCAAGUACAAACAGUACUUUUGGACGGGACUUUAGGGGAAGUUUCUGACGAGAUUCUUGUACCUGAUGAGAAAGUUUGA